CCCACGAAAUCGGUCGAACCGGUUCGCGUGCGACGGCGUCUGCUGCGGUUCUCUUUCUCCCCGCGACCCAUCUCCUCCCUUCGCUCCCCCAGCGCCCGCCGCUCUCCACGCGGUCGGCCCCUGGCGUGCGCCGCCCUCCACGCUCCCCUGCCCAGCUGCAGCUCGAGUCCGGCUGGUGCGGCAGCACCCUCCCUUCCCACGACUUCUCUGUUCUCUCUCUCGGCCCCGGUCUUCCUUUCCUAGCGGCGACGACAGGGCGAGUUGCGCUGCCCGUUGUUCGUCGAGCGACGGGCGCUUCGCCGGCGACGAACAUCCGCCAGGGAUGGCAGGUGGAGAGCGAAGGACAGUGUUUGUCACUGUGGGUACCACAUGUUUUGAUGCUCUUGUCAUGGCGGUAGAUUCUCCAGAAGUGAAAAAGGCUUUAUUGCAGAAGGGUUAUACUGAUCUUCUUAUUCAAAUGGGCCGAGGAACAUAUGUUCCAUCUAAGGUCUCAGGAGAUGCAACUCUUCAAGUUGAUCAUUUCACAUUUUCACCAAGCAUUGCUGACAAUAUGAGAACAGCUUCCCUAGUUAUCAGCCAUGCAGGUUCAGGAAGCAUAUUUGAGACGCUACGACUAGGCAAACCUCUAAUCGUUGUUGUAAAUGAAGAUUUGAUGGACAAUCACCAAAGUGAGCUUGCAGAAGAAUUGGCUGAGAGGAAGCACCUCUUCUGUGCACGCCCACAAACAUUGGGAGAGACCAUCCGAGCAAUGGACCUAGGGACGCUCGUUCCUUAUGUGCCAGGGGAUGCCAAACCAGUUGUCACCCUGAUCAACAAGUUUCUUGGCUUUCCAGUUGACUGACGAGUGAAGAUAGGCGUUAACCCCGUUAUUUGUUUCAAACAAAAUGGAUUGACUGACAUGGCGAUUGCUGAUGAUUCAAUAUUGUUGUACAGUGAUUACUGAUUACAAGAUAAUAGCAAGAUGAUCUUUCCUGGCAUUGGGCCUAAUUAGGGACACAAGGUUCAUGUCAUGUGAUUUUAUUUCUCAACUGAUUAACUGCACGGAUAUGUGGUUGUCACAUACUCACAAUCCAUGCCAGCAUUAGGCAUUCAUGUGGUGCUGGAGCUCAAAGCAAAAACUUUCAUGCUUGGGGCUCUGUAAGAAUUGAAAGUAAUAACAUCCUUGCGUGAAAAAUAUGUGUAAAUUACGACCUGUUUGAGGACGGGAUAUUGAUAAACCCACAAGAACAUUCUGAAUUUCUGAUC